UGGUGCUAUUGCCUGUCGCCAGCAGAAGGUUGGCUGACCCAGCGCUUCGCAGGAGACUCUCAAUGCCAGAUCCGAAUACACAACAAGCCAAGACGAUGGCACUGCUCAACAUCGUAUAAAUCAGUAUAUUAUCAAACAAGAAAUUGGGCGAGGUUCGUUUGGGGCAGUCCAUUUAGCAGUUGAUCAGUAUGGCGAAGAAUAUGUAAACCCCUAUUACCUUCUCAACAUGUAUUAACUUCGCUGGUGGCUUCAAUCGCUAAUGAUGCUUUUUUCUCAGGCUGUCAAAGAAUUCUCCAAGGCCAGGCUGAGGAAACGACAACAGUCGCACGUGCUACGAAGACCCCGUGGACCACAGCGCCCAGGAACCGGCUUCAACUCUCCGCUUCAUCGCCAUCCGUCUGGUACUGACGAUGCACACCCCGGUCAUCCAUUGGAUUUGAUCAAGGAGGAGAUUGCUAUCAUGAAAAAGCUGAACCACAGCAAUUUAGUUUCCCUCAUUGAAGUCUUAGACGACCCCACCGAGGAUUCUCUAUACAUGGUGAUGGAAAUGUGUAAGAAGGGCGUUAUCAUGAAAGUCGGGCUGGAGCAAAAGUCAGACCCAUACGAAAACGAAAAAUGUCGACUCUGGUUCCGUGACCUGAUACUUGGCAUUGAAUAUUUACAUGCCCAGGGCAUUGCUCACAGAGACAUCAAGCCCGACAAUUGUCUACUCACUGGCGAUGAUGUCUUGAAAGUUGUGGACUUUGGAGUCUCGGAAAUGUUUGCUAAAGAUUCUGACAUGUACACAGCUAAGUCGGCAGGUUCUCCGGCCUUUCUGCCACCCGAGCUUUGUGUCGUCAAGCAUGGAGAUGUAUCUGGUAAAGCGGCUGACAUUUGGUCUAUGGGAGUGACGCUCUACUGUUUACGCUACGGACACAUUCCGUUCGAAAAGAUAAAUAUCUUUGAUUUAUACGAAUCUAUCCGCAGUGAUCCCAUUGAUUUGGAAGGAGAGACAGAUGAGGAUUUCACGGACUUGAUGAACAAAAUCCUAGAAAAGGACCCGUUGAAAAGAAUAUCUAUGCGAGAGUUACGAGAUCACCCUUGGGUUACCAAGAAAGGCGCAGACCCAUUACUACCCGAAGAGGAAAAUACCGCUCAAUUGAUCGAACCUCCUACCGAAGAAGAGAUGAAUACGGCAAUUACGCAUAAUUUGGAGAAUCUUUUUGUCGUAAUGAAAGCCGUAACAAAGUUCAAGAAACUGGUCGACCCUACAAAAUCCCCACAGCUCCAUAGUAUCCUCGGCCUUGAGCAUGACUCGCAUUUAGUCCAGCCCCCGAUGGAAAUGGAUGCUGAUGAAGGUAUCGAAUCACUACAUAAUUUCAAAAAAAUAUACAAGGAAGCUGGGCCAUUUCAAAAGCCUCUAUUCCGUCCACAGUCAUCAUCACGAGAAAGAGGCCGAUCCCCUAGAAGGCAUGGGUCUGGCGUCUCGUCGAUACAGAAUCCACGUCCGGCUUCGCUUGUUUCCUCGUCAAGAGAAGAUACACCUCUAGGUAGCUUUUCUGAAGGCACGCGUGGCCAUGCGCGGGAUCCUUUAGAAGAGGAUCACCCUUUCCUCUAUAUCGGCCCGUCCACUUUCACUGGCUUCACAAACCAGCCUGUUGAAGGAGGUGCUCAAGCAAUCCCUUCACCAAUUACCGUCCCACAUACAACAACCCCCGAAAGUAUAGCUGAUCUCCCAUACAAUGAGUCAAAUGCUGCUCCCAUUGUGUCAGAAUCACCUGGGGCUUCGGAAAUCGACAUCUACGAGACAGCAUAUCGCGAAGAAAUAGAACGAAUCAAGAGACGUACUAUCGAUCGCCGCGAUACAUCAACCACAGUUUAUUUGACUCGACGCGUAGAAAACAAAAGGGACCAUCUGAGCGAAGUGAUGAAAUUAAUCCACCAGCCAACAUCAUCUUCGUCCUCGUUAGAAGGGCAUGAUAGCCACAAACCAGCCGACGAGUUUGUUCUCAAACUAGGCGAGAAGGUCUCUGGGGCUGUUGCAUCAGCCGGAGCGGCCUUUCGCAGUGCUCUGAGUGCGCAGAUCGAAGCACGGAAGAACCAAAAGGAAACAGCAUCAUCAUCAGCUCCGUCAGAGGGGGGAGAAUCACAUGGAAAUACAAACACAAACACAAACACACCAUCAACCGAGCAUACAAAGACGCUACCAUCUAUUAUCUAACGUCAUUCAUCCUAUUCUCACACUGGUUGUUUUUCUUGUUUAAUUUUGUCCAUCUCCAUCUUCGAAUAACUGCAGCCUGUCAUU